GGUACGCUUCUAAUGCCCACCCUCACCCUGCUGUCACCGCACACUGUGUUCUCUCCUGGCGAGGCUGUUCGCUUUGGCUGCAGUGUUCUGCUGGGUCACCACCUCAGUGACUUCCACCUGUACAAGCAUGGAGUGUCCACACCGCUGGUCACUCAGAGGGCGGAGCAGGGCCCCACCCCGGUGGAGCUGACCCUGACCGACAUAGAGACUUUCCACCAGGGCAGCUACAGUUGUCGGUACAGGAUCAAGAGCGGCUUCCCCCCUCAGCUGCUCAGCUCUCCACCCAGCAACUCCAUCAACAUCACUGUGGUGGAACUCCUGACUCCCCAACACUGGUUCAACACGUCUACUGAGGCCCCUGCUGGUUCAGUCAUUAAAGGCCACAACUUCAACAUCACCUGCUCCACCCACCAGCAGUACCCUGGAGGUUCCUUCCAGCUGCGUCUGAUUCGCUCCAACGGCACCGUGCGCCAGACCCUCCCUGCCCUCAGCCCCUCCGUCACUUUCACCUUUCCUGACGCCCAGAGCUCCAACGAGGGCUACUACUACUGCCUGUAUCGGGUCCAGAUGGGUGGACGCACCUUCAUCUCCAGAGAAAGCCAGCCCCUGCCUAUAGCCAUCAGAGACCCAGACCCAGUCCUGAGUCCGAUGGUGAUCAGCUGGAUUGUGUCCAGCCUGACUUUUUUGGUGACCGUCGUCGUUAUAAUCAUUGUGGCCAAGGUGCUGUGCAACAAAGAGAAGAAGCCCACUGAACUGGAGCGAGAGACCAGAACCUGUGUGGACAACACUUAUGUUGCCUUAUCAAUUAACAAGCUAUGACGGGGUGUGCUGGCAACAGAACACUAAAGCAGAAUUGCUGAUGAGUGGACGGUCAGAAGGCUCGCGCUGCUUCCAUUGUGGAUUCAUUCGGCAGGAGACGUGACUCACAACCUAAAAGCUCGGUCGGACCCAGUUCAGCAGCGUUUGGAUGAGAAAGUUUUUGCUGGACUCUAACAAAGACCUCACACCAAACGUAAGGCUAGAGAUUCUGCUGGGAAGAAUGGAUAGGAUUGGCUUUUAAGCCUUGCAUUAUGGUAAGAUUUGAACUAUCGACCACAGAAGACUGACUGUAAAUAAGGACUUCCAGUUCAACGUCUGUAGUUUCUGUUAGAUUUCAGCUUCACUCAGAUUUGGCUACUGCCAUGACGCCAGAUGUAUGGGAACUGUGAGAAUGUGACGUUAGUCCCUCAGGUCUGUGUAAUUACCUUGUUUUGUAUUUAUUACCAGGCAACACUAAUAACAGCCUCCACUAGCUAAAUAUGUACUUGCUUCUUCAGAUCAAUGAUCCUUAAAGAAUUAUAAGAUUUUCUUUAUUAUUUCCAAUCCAACCCUACUAUGCAUCUUACGUCAUUUUCAGUUUGUACAUUACUGCACUUAAAGUUGGUGGAUAGAAGCUGUUGUUGAUUAAAAUGCUGCUUUUGUUUGAG